GUAUAAUGAAGCAUUCACUCACCUAUAUAGCUUUAGCUUGUAUGGUGGCUAUGUCCAAUGCUGCCUCUAUCACUUUUAAUGUUAUUGCUCCAGGUGCUACUGAUGUUCAAGUAUCUGUCAAUGGUCAACAAACAAAGUUAACAGCUAAAGAUGCCGAUAUUCCUGUCUUUUCUGGUCAAAUGGAUGCACCUGAUAAUGCUAAAUACAAGUAUAUUGUAGGCGGUACUGCUGAAGGUUUUGAUCGUACUUUGGAACAAGGUCGUACCAGUACUAGAAAUGAUUUCUUCAAUCGUCCUGUUACUUAUGCCAACAUUCCUCAAUUACCAUGGCCUAUUAAGGAUAAUCCUCAAUGGACUCGUGGUGGUGAACCAACUGCUCUUUUUGAUUCAAAUUAUAUUCCUACUGUGUUCAUCAAUGGUGAUACAGCUCAACUUGAAAAUCUUGUCAAAAAUGUCCCUAAAGAUCUUACUACUGUCAAAUUUACCUUGGUGGAUGCUGAAGGUGUACAUUCUUUUAACAAUGUCUCAUUUGGUAUUCAUGGUGCUGGAAAGAAAAAGAACAAUGCAAAACAAAGUUGGAAAUGGUCAUUAUCUGGAUCUGAUACUUUAUAUAAUCGCAAUUACUUCAAGCUUCGACAUAUGGAAGAAGAUCCUACUCAAAUGCGUGAAAAGUUAUAUGCUGAUGUUUUGAAAGCCAUGGGUUCUUAUGGAAAUGAAGCCAAUAUGGUUCGUCUUUUUAUUAAUGGUCAAGGUUUUGGUACUUUUAAUUUGUUGGAUGAUGUUACUCAAUAUUCUUAUAUCAAUGCUCGUUGGUAUGCUGGUAAACCUCCUGCUGAAAAGGGUCCUUUAUAUGAUGGUGCUUCUGGUGCAUCCUUUGCCUAUUCUCCCACUGGUGAUUACUAUUCAUUCAUCCCCAAUCCUGAGAGUCCUGCUGGUGUGGAUGCUUUGGAUCCUGUUUGUAAAGCAUUCAGUGAACUUAACUAUCAAGAUGAUGCUGCCUUGGCUAAUUUUGAAAAACAAUUUGAAGUGGAUGGCUUUAUCCGAUUCAUGGUGAUGGAAUAUUUAGCUGGUCAAUGGGAUGGUUACUGGAUGGAACAAACAAAUGAUGGUGCUUAUCAAGAUCCUACUGAUAAAAAAUGGUAUUACUUGGGUCAAGAUUUCGAUGCUACUUUUGGUGUCAAUUUGGAUGUGCCAGAAGGAAAAGAAUUCCCAAAGGUAUCUUAUACUGCCUUCCCUCAACGUUAUCCUGGUGCUGUGUUGAUUAACAACUUGCUCAAGAAUGCUAAUAUGAAGAAUAAAUUUGAAACUUAUCUCAAGGAUACUGUCCAAGUGCUCUUCAACAACGUCACUCUCACCAACCGUAUUUUGGCUUACCAUGAUUUUAUCUUACCUGAUUUACAAUGGGAUCGUAGCAUUCAACAACAAUCUCCUGGUACUAAUUUUGGAUGGACUUUCGAACAAGUCACUCAAAAUCUUUUCCAAGGUGUGAAUGCUCCUAACAAUAAUGGAGGUGGAGCUUCAUUUGGUUUGAUUGAAUGGAUUGUCGCCAAGUCUGAAGCCGUUGCUUCUGAAUUCAAGAUCACCAUCACUGAUAAACCUGUAGGCCCCCCUAAUGGCAACAACAACAACACUGCAUCUGGCUCUUCCUCUGGUAAUCAUCCUAGUUCUUCUGCUGGUGCCCAAUCUGCAGGUUCUUCCAGUGCUCAAGAUUCUUUGACUUCUGGUGCUUCUUCUACUACAACGAUGAUUAUCCCUUCGGCUUUAUUGGUUAUCUCUCUUGUAUCUUCUUUCUUGUAGAGUUUCCUUCAUGCCUUUUUUUUUUU